AUGUCGUACCACCACCAAUACUCAAUGCCUUCCGCUAUGGACAUGUCCCACGCCAACUGGGAUCCGUCCUACUACCAUCAAUUCGGAUAUCCGAAUCAGCCACGUAAGUUACAGUUCUUUCGGUUCACUUUUCAUGAAAUUCACUUUCAGAAAACCACUUCUAUUGGCCGGGGAUGCCCUUUCCAAAUAUAGUUGUAACUCCGGGCCACCAACCUCAAACAGGAGAAAUUGUGGUCAUUCUUAUCAAUCAAGAGAUGUGGAAGAAGUACAGUGAAGCGGUGAAUGAAAUGAUGGUGCUCACCACUGCACGAGAAUUAUUCCCGAAAUUGUUAUUCAAAGUGAAGGGACUCAAGCCGAGGACCCGUUACAGAAUCACGAUUCAUCUAAAAAGAACGUCCAACUACUUCUUCAAAUAUGAGGAAGGCAAGUGGGUGGAAUCGGAGAAGAAAGUGGACGGACCAAAAUGCACAUCGUACCACAUUGUGGGAGAACAGAGUGGUCAAGAGUGGAUGGAGGGGAUCAUCAAUGCGGAGCACCUGAAAAUCUACAACGUUGGAAAUCCGAAGAAGAUCGGAGGAAGAAUCAAUCCAAUGGACGCGGAAGCACUUGCGAAUGCAGCUGCAAAGGCUGAACAACUAAAGUCCAAACUGCAACAUUGUGUAAGUUUUUAGAAUUUUCAACAAACUGUAUCCUAUUGUUCUGUUUCAGAUUGAGGUGAAGACACUGACACAAUACAAGCCAGUUCUGCGCAUCUGGGAAAUGAUCACGUACGACCAUUUGGAUUGUGUUCGUGAGUUUUCGACAUCUGAGACCAAGUUUAUCACAUGCACUGGUUACAAGGUAUGCUUUAUACUUCCGAAUCUUUAAGUUCAACAAGUUGUUUCCAGAAUACACAAGUUCGUGACAUGAAAGUUAACGACAACAAGUAUGUUGUGGGAAAGGAAAAGGCGGAGGAGGGCGCCUCUUCAUCCCAUUCCGAUGAUCCCAAUGCAACCACAGCACCCGCCAAUCCAGAACCGUCUCAGCCAACUGAGCAAGUUCUGAAUACAUCAAAUGCGGAUGUUUCUCGGUCCGGCGCCUACAGUCCCAAUAACAGCUCUGGAUACGGAUCCGGAUAUAACUCGAUGUGUGAUCAGUCCUCGAUGUCCGUGCCGAUGCAAGCGCCGGUUUUUGGAGGACAAGCAUACAGUUAUGGUCAGAUGCCUUGCACGUCAUCACAUGGUCCGACUCCUUCUACGUCCUCCUUCAAUCCAGUCCAAUUCGCUUCUCCUUUUGGACCCACCACUUCAGCAUCUUUCAAUGUUCCCGCUAGACCCCCAUACUUCUACGACCUUGCUCAAUCAAUGUCUCACUAUAAUUCUACUUUCUCUACCUCAUCCUAUUCUCAUCCGCAAUUCAUUGCUCACAGUAAUUCUACUGUAUCUGCCUCGUCUCACGCUCGUGUUCAAUCCACGUUUCACAAUGGUCCCACUACUUCUUCUUCUUCUUUUGGAAAUCCGACCGCUUCGACGUUUCCAUUUGGAGGCUAUCCGCAUCCUAACGAAAACGGAGUCGCUCCUGGGUUUUUUGAGUAA